GAAUAAUGUUGUGGGACUCCUAUGGAAUGGAAUAAUGCAUAUGAAUUACCUUACCUUACCAAGUCUGCCUACUAUGUUGGUUAUUAUCAAUGCUUGCCUUACACACAUCCCUCAGCAACUGUUGAACAAGUGGGAACAGCCGUGAAACGACACCGUAUUGAAAAGAAUUCAUCAGACGCCCGGGCCAGGCUGAACUGUGAACCGCUCCUUCUUCUUCGAUCCGCCGCCAGAACUGAGUUGCGGGCUCUGUCAAAACCCUCAAUCCGUAAACCCCAUCACUUUCUCUUCAAUCAUUUCAUCGCCAUUGAAUUCGAAAUGGGGUUCGAAAGCUACGUCGUCGUACAUAACAUAGCCAAAAGGCACAACGUUGGCACAUUGGCCCGAAGCGCCACCGCGUUCGGUGUAUCGGAGGUCAUCCUCGUCGGCCGUCGGGACUUCAACGCCUUUGGUAGCCAUGGUUCCACUUCUCACGUCCGGUUCCGUCAUUUUCAUUCCCUUCUCGACGCCCGAAAUUUCCUUCAGGAGAAGGAUUGUGAUAUAUGUGGCGUGGAGAUCACUGAUAACGCCGUGGCUGUCAAUCAGCAUCCUUUCAAGAGGAGCACCGCUUUUCUUCUCGGCAACGAGGGAACAGGGCUUUCAGCUAAAGAGUGUGCAAUCUGCGACUUCUUCAUUUACAUCCCACAAUAUGGUGUCGGCACCGCUUCUUUGAAUGUCACUGUAGCUGCUUCAAUUGUCCUACAUCAUUUUGGUGUUUGGGCAGGCUUUCCCGAGCGAUGUCGUGAUGGUAACAAGUUUAUAGUGGCCGAAAGACCAGUAAAGCAAGGCAAGCGGAAUUAUUGCCCUGAAACAGAAGAAUCUAUUGUUGAAGAGCGAAAGUCCAGGCGGGAUAAUGCUUCGAAAGGCUUCUUUGACGAGGGAACGAUCGAUGAUUCGACAUCCAACCUUCUUGAUACAUUGUUUAUUAACGAAUGAACGGAGUUGAAGCUGGGAGUCGUCAUUCGACAUCCAACCUUCUUGAUACACAACCCACAGCAGACUGCAUGAUUAUUGUAGCUCAUUGCUGGAAGCUGUUCUGGAAAGAAAGAACUCCUUCUCCUUUGUCUUUAUCUUUUUUUGUUCUUAGAUUUCGAUAUUCCUAGAACGUUCGUGCAGUUAUAUUUAGUUAAUUAGCUUGAUGACUUACUCGGUCGUUUCGUCGAAAGGUACUUCCGACCACCACAUUGUUAAGGCAAGUUUGUAAGAAUAGGACAGAAAGCAAGCAGAAGGCAGAAGGAUUUAAAGCAAAGGGUUGCAAGGUUGACUCAAACAUGUUCUUCAUUAGGGAUGCCAUUGAUACAUACUUAGAUUACUUAUACAAAAGUUAUAUCAGUUUGUACCAUUUGGAAAUUUUGGCUAAAUCUUAUCGAUAGUCAUUAAAUUGUUUUUC